AUGAACGGAGGCCACCAACCAACCGGAGAAUGGACGCAAGUCCGGCGAAGGAAGAUCUGGAAUACAGAACUUACGAACUACUAUGUGACGGGGUUCCCCGAUGGCACUAAGAAGGAAGAGCUACGUGAGCCAUUCAGCAGGUUUAGAAAGGCAGUAGAUGUGUAUUUUGGAUUGAAGAAAGAUUACCAAAGAAGGAACUUUGCUUUUGUUAGAUAUGUCGGCAUCAAAGACGCAAAGGUUAUGGAAUUGAAGCUACAGGGCAUCAAUUCCUACUCAAGGCGGGAACAAAUACUUCAUUACAUUCAUCGAUGA